UCUAAAAUCCACCCAUCUGUAAGAAGAGAGUGGAGCCCGAAACUGGUCCUCUGCUUUGCUGGAUUGAAAGUUGAAGCUCUCCGUUGUUGCUUCUUUAAUGGCGUUUGUCUCCCCAUCGAUACCACCACAGUUGCUGUUACCACUCUCUCUCUCUCAUUCAUAAUUCCCAUUUUCUCUCUCUAUAUUCUGCUUUUCCCCCUUUUUAUAUGUAUUUUGCUCCAUUGUUCCAUCGCCAUCUUCUUUACAAACACCACAGAGGAGGAUUGGAUUACAAAGCUAGAAACCCUAAUUUCUGAAACUUACUUUUUUAUUUUUCUGUUUUAUUGUGAAAACCCCCCUUCGAUUCGCUGGAUCCGCAGAUCUAAGUUUUUUUCAGUUUGAGAUCUUCCUGAAUCAGCUCCAAGGUAUCGUGGUGUUGGAUUUUUUUUCCUAAUUCGAAUAGUUCUUACCUAAAUUAAGUGAAUUUCGUCGCCAAUUUAUUUUGAAACCCUCGUGCCCCUUCCUCGUCGUGUUCUGAUUGUUGAUUUGGGAGAUCUGUUUCACAUUGGAGGCCUAUCUUGUUUGAAGAAGAAGAAAAUUCGGACUGGGUUAAGUUUCAUUGUUCAGAGAAGGUUAUCGUUGAGUGUGCGGUAAAUGUGGAUGUUUUCGAGGGUGAUUUGGACGAGAUGAGGGAUGUUAUCGGGGUUAAUGAACUUUUUGAGGGCCUGUUUUCGGCCAUGGGCAGACGGGUAUGCUCAUAAAGGCUCGGAUGCCAAUGGCCGGCAGGAUGGACUUCUAUGGUAUAAGGACUUGGGGCAGCAUUUCAAUGGGGAGUUCUCAAUGGCUGUAGUUCAAGCAAAUAAUUUACUGGAGGAUCAAAGCCAGCUCGAAUCUGGUUGUUUGAGCACGACUGAGUCUGGCCCUUAUGGCACCUUCGUGGGGAUUUAUGAUGGGCAUGGAGGUCCCGAGACCUCCCGGUUCAUCAAUGAUCACCUCUUCCCACAUCUAAAGAGGUUUGCGGCGGAGCAUCAGUCGAUGUCAGUAGAAGUUAUUCGUAAGGCAUUUCAAGCAACCGAGGAUGGUUUCUUCUCAGUUGUUAGCAGACAAUGGCCUACGAGACCACAGAUUGCAGCGGUUGGUUCUUGUUGUCUUGUAGGAAUAAUCUGCAACGGAACUCUUUAUAUUGCGAAUCUUGGUGAUUCCCGUGCUGUUCUAGGAAGGCUUGUCAAGGCAACAGGGGAAGUACUUGCUAUUCAGCUCUCAGCCGAGCACAAUGCAAGUUUUGAGUCAGUGAGACAGGAGUUGCACUCUUUACACCCUGAUGAUUCACAUAUUGUAGUUUUAAAGCAUAAUGUAUGGCGUGUGAAGGGUCUUAUACAGAUCUCAAGAUCAAUUGGAGAUGUGUAUUUAAAAAAGGCUGAAUUCAACAGGGAGCCACUAUUCCAGAAAUUCCGACUUCGUGAACCUUUCAAAAGACCUAUUUUGAGCGCAGACCCUGCAAUCGCUGUGCAACAGCUGUUGCCUCAUGACCAAUUCAUCAUAUUUGCAUCUGAUGGCCUCUGGGAGCACCUUACCAACCAAGAGGCCGUUGAUCUAGUCCAAAAUCAUCCGCACAGUGGGAGUGCUAGGAGAUUAGUGAAAGCAGCUUUGCAAGAGGCAGCAAAGAAAAGGGAGAUGAGGUAUUCAGACCUGAAGAAAAUCGACCGUGGAGUCCGUCGUCAUUUCCACGACGACAUAACUGUAGUGGUGUUGUUUAUCGACUCUCAUCUCGUGAGCAGGGCUAGUUCGGGCCGGAGCCCCAACAUAUCCGUGAAGGGGAGCGGCAUCACCAUCCCUCCAAAUCACCUCGCGCCUUUCACAACACCAGCAGAACCGGCAACAACUUGACGCUACGCCGAUUUGUUUCACCUGAUGGAUGAAUGAAUAUACAGGUAGCUUCUUGAGCAGCAGCCCUUGAAUUCUUUAAUGUACACUGUAACUUUUUUUUAACCCCGAGACUUGCUAGUUCUGGAAUCCUCCUAUCAUACUUGAGCUUUUUUUGUAAAUCCCCCCAUGUUUCCCAUUGUCACCACUUUUAUAAACAGAUUUUAUAGCUGAAACUUCCAUACCUAUAACUUUUUUUUGUCUCAUGAUACUCUGCUUUCCUUCCUUUGUAUGAUGAUAUAUGCAAGAUUGCAUGGCUAUGUUUAUGAUGAUUACAAAUGAUGAUUGUUGAUCAA